AUGAAGCUUAACAUUGCCAACCCUUUGACGGGUGCCCAGAAGGUGCUCGAAGUUGAUGACGAGCACAAGCUCCGUGCGUUCUACGACAAGCGCAUCUCACAGGAAGUUGAGGGUGCCGUGCUUGGUGACGAGUUCAAGGGCUUUGUCUUUCGUGUGUCAGGUGGUAACGACAAGCAGGGGUUUCCUAUGAAGCAGGGUGUCCUGUCCAAUGGUCGUGCCCGUCUUUUGCUUUCCAAGGGCAAAACAUGCUACCGUCCUCGUCGUAAAGGUGAGCGCAAGCGCAAGUCGGUGCGCGGCUGCAUCGUCGGCCCGGACCUUUCAGUGCUCAACUUGGUGGUCGUCAAGGCCGGUGACGCUGAUGUCCCUGGUUUGACCGACGUGCAGAUCCCGCGUCGUCUUGGCCCCAAGCGUGCCUCGAAUAUUCGCAAGCUGUUCAACUUGACCAAGGAGGACGACGUGCGUAAAUUUGUGAUCCGUCGCAAGUUUGAGUCCAAGACGGGCAAGAAGAACGACAAGGCACCGAAGAUCCAACGUCUUGUGACCCCGCGUACGCUUCACCACAAGCGUCAAAUCGCCCUUAAGAAGGUGAACCAGCGUGAAAAGGUGCAGCGCGAUGCGGCCGAGUACAACCGUCUUCACGCGCAGCGCGUUAAGGAGCAGAAAGACCGUCGUGCUAGCGAGAUCGCCAAGCGUCGUAGCAGCCGCAAGGUCUCGUCGGUCAAGGCGUAA